GCCUAGGUAGAAGCGUAAGACCUCGUCAGAGUCUCACACGGACCCGAGCCUUCAAAACCGAAGAUAAGGGAGAGCAAAAAAAAAAAAAGUAGGCGAACCGACGCGUUCAUUUUUCACCCCUCACUUUUUCCAACAGCCGCUGACACCCAGAGACACAUUUUCUGAGUGCGAGGGUGAUUUUACUAUCUUCAUCCAGCACCAUGAGAAGCUCCACCGGCAGACACUUGUUGUGCUUGCUGCUGCUUUUCUUUCCGCUCUCGUGGGCAGAGGACACGAAAAAAGACGCGAGGAAGACCGAGAAUGUUACAGUUUGGGGACAAACUAAAACAAGACGACUAUUUGCGAGGCAUAAGAUUUCUCCAGCAGAGCAGAUUCACAUUACCUGAGGUCCUGUCUCUGUUCCAACAUGCCACGUUGUCACCUUCACUGCCGUUUCAGAGACACAAGUCCCACAUCCUGACCCCGGCGCGGCGCUGCGGCCGCCUGAUGGAGAACUGCUCCUCACACUUGCCUUGCUGCGACCCGUGCGCCUCCUGCCGCUGCCGCCUCUUUAACACCAUCUGUCACUGCUGGAGGAUGAAUCCGCUCUGCCUGAAGAGGACCUAGUGGCGACCCGCCGGUACACCUCAGCACACACUGGGGGAGUUCUCUCUAAUUCUGCUUCAAUGUGACCCGAACCAUCAUCCAACGGCAGAGCGCAGUAGCUGUGAAUAAGAUGGUGAAAAUAAGGGAAUGUUUCUAAGGAGAUGUAGCAUAAAAGAAAAGCUAAGUUGUCAUCACACGCAGCAUUAAUAGGCAGAUAAAGACUCAACACAUGAGCCUGCUAUAUCUCACUAAAAGUGUACAACGUUGCCUGUAUAAACACUGAUUCUUGCCAUUUCUCUGUAAAAAUUAGAAUAAAUAAGUUUAUGAAACAAUUCUGGCUCAGUACACAACAAAGCCGUCUGUUAGCUUACAUCAGUGUAUGUCGCCUUACAGAGACGAGACAGUUUUAUGCAUCACUGCUGCGCUAAGAUUGCCUCAUAAACAGGGAUGGUGUUCCUAUCAGAGGGUGUAGCCAAUGGAAAGCUUGACUUGUGUCAUUUUUCAUGUUUCUAGACAAUAACAUGUUAACUGUGACUGAUUUUUAGGCAUUGUUGCUUUUAAAUAUUUGCAUAUUCUCUCCUGUCACUCAUGUGGAGACAUUUACUGUAUGACUUCAGCAUCUUUUCUUUAAGACUCACAGCAGAAAUGAUGUGGAAAAACAAAUUUCAUGUACAUUAUUAUUCCUUUAUUGCUUGCACUUAAUUAUUUGUGUACGGUUUUAUGAGUUCAAAUGAUUAUAUUUUUGCUAUCUAAUAAAUAUGCAGUGAACUGAU